ACAUUAACAUCGCACGACCUUCAUCGCCAUAUCUGUGGAAUCAUAUUGGCUUCCGUUCGUUACCCUUUCACAUCCAGCGACAAGCUCAAUAUGGCCGACCUGCCCCCUCCCGUCCAAGGACCUACCGCUAAAGAGAAGAAAUAUGACCGCCAGCUGCGGCUCUGGGGAGCAACGGGUCAACAAGCCCUCGAAAACUCCCACAUCCUUCUCAUGAACUCAGGACCAGGCGUUACAGGUCUCGAGACACUCAAGAACCUGGUGUUGCCGGGAAUUGGCCAAUUCACAAUUCAAGACUCAGCUGUGGUGUCGGAGGCAGAUUUGGGCGUAAGCUUCUUUCUGGAGGAGGAACACGUCGGAGGAUUUCGAGCAGAACAUUCGUGCAAUCUACUGAAAGAGCUGAACCCGGACGUCGAAGGACAUUAUAUCACAGAGCCUAUCGAGACAUUCGCAACCCAGCCAGAUGCCUUCAAACCAUACACACUCAUUCUCGUGACCGCACCUGUCCGCCCCGAGAUUCUUGCCAAACUCUCCGCACACGCAGAUGCAUCCCUCGUGCCGCUCUUCUACAUCCACUCCGUCGGAUUCUACUCACACUUCUCAAUACAUCUUCCUCCCGCAUAUCCUAUUGUAGACACGCAUCCUAGCCCCGAGACCACGACCGAUCUUCGACUUUUGAAGCCAUGGCCGGAGCUGCUGCAGUUUGCGGAAGAGAAGACGAGCAACCUUGACGCCAUGGCUCAUGACGACCAUGGCCACAUCCCAUACAUUGCUAUCCUGCUAUACUAUCUCGAACAGUGGAAGAAAGAGCAUGGCGGAAACCCACCACAGAACUACAAGGAGAAGACUGCAUUCAGAGACAUCGUGACAAAAGCUGCCCGGACCAAUAAUCCAGAAGGUGGAGAAGAGAACUUCGACGAGGCAGUGGGUGCAGUACUGAAAUCAUUAAAUCCGCCGGAACCAAGCAGCUCAGUGAAAGACUUGUUCAAAGAGAAGGAAUGCGUUGUGAUAAAACAAGACUCGCCCAGCUUCUGGGUCAUUGCGCAUGCCAUCGGUCUGUUCUACACCAAGUACGGAGUGCUGCCCGUUCCAGGGUCAGUUCCCGACAUGAAAGCUCGCUCCGCAGAUUAUGUUCAGUUACAAAACGUCUAUAAGAGCAAGGCCCGGAAAGAUUUCGCAGAAGUGCUGGAGAGCGUGCGAUUCGUAGAGCGAACUGCGAAUAGAAGUACCCAAAUCGAGGAGAAGGACGUGGAGGCAUUUUGCAAGAAUGCUGCACACAUCAAGUUGGUGCGUGGUCGACCGUUCCACGUUGUUCAACCAAACGAGUCGAUCAAAUGGGCGGACAGGGCAAAGGCUAUUGUCCAGAACUUGACGUUCCCGGACUCGCUUGUCCCACUAUAUAUCGCGUUCCUUGCCUGGGACAAGUUCGCAGCAACUCACGACCAGGACGGACUUGUAGGCGCUCAGCAGGUACCUGGAGAAACCGACGCAGAAACCGACGCAGGAAAGGUGACGGGCAUCGCUCUCAAGAUCACCGACGACCUCAUCAAAGAAGCUGUUGCCACGCUUGAAGAAGACGAACUAGAAACCAUCAAGUCGCAGGUCAGAGAAUUUGUAGAGGAGCUUGUCCGAGCCGGUGGCGGUGAGCUACACAAUAUUGCUGCUUUGACCGGCGGUUUGGUCUCACAGGAGGUUAUCAAGGUCAUUACGGAGCAGUAUGUACCAGUUGACAACACCUGCAUAUUCGACGGCGUGAAGAGCAAAACGGCUGUCAUUCGUGUCUGAGAGUAUGAAAGAACCAAUCAGGCUUGAUUCACCUCACCGCCAGUAGUAGAUCCAUUUGGCGGAGAACCAUUGGCCUCAUCCCUACGAGCAUUAUAUCCAAAAGUCAUGCAUGUAAAGACACAGCUAGAACAAUUUCAUGAAAGCAACCACGUAGCACCUGCAUGCAGUGGGUCAGAUUCACUUUCUCGUGCACUUUGCACUCCAAAACGAAAUGCAGCUGCAACACUAGAUAGAGGAAAUGAUUUCCAAGUAGUUGUGAGAAUCAUCGACAACCUCACACACUAAACUCAG